AUGUCGGACACUCCAGCCACGAAGCAGGUCGAGACACCGGCCACGAAUGGAGGAGACUAUGGAACGAUUCACGAGGAUGGCGAUACCCACUCGACCAAGAACACAGUCCACCAGCGACUGCGGGCGAACAGCUCGAUCAUGCAGCUGAAGAAGAUCUUGGUCGCCAACCGAGGCGAGAUCCCUAUCCGUAUCUUCCGUACCGCACACGAGCUGUCGCUGCAGACAGUCGCAGUCUUCAGCUAUGAGGACCGCCUAUCUAUGCACAGGCAGAAGGCAGACGAGGCGUACCUGAUCGGCAAGAGAGGACAGUACCGGCCAGUCGAGGCAUAUCUGGCUGGCGAGGAGAUUAUCAAGAUCGCACUCGCACAUGAUGUUCAGCUCGUGCAUCCAGGCUAUGGGUUCUUGAGUGAGAACUACGAGUUCGCGAAGAAGGUCGAGGCAGCAGGGCUCAUAUGGGUGGGACCAGAUCCCGAGACUAUCAACGCCCUCGGUGACAAGGUCUCGGCUCGUAAGCUAGCCAAGAAGUGUGAGGUCCCCUGCGUACCAGGAACUGAAGGGCCCGUGGAGCGUUUCGAGGACGUGAAGGGAUUCACAGAUGAGUACGGCUUCCCAGUUAUCAUCAAGGCAGCCUUCGGUGGUGGUGGACGUGGCAUGCGUGUCGUCUGGAAGCAAGAGGAGCUUAAGGAUGCCUUCGAACGAGCCACAUCCGAGGCCAAGUCAGCCUUCGGCAACGGCACCGUCUUCGUCGAGCGCUUCCUGUACCGGCCCAAGCAUAUCGAGGUCCAGCUUCUGGGUGACAACCAUGGCAACGUUGUCCACUUAUACGAGCGUGAUUGUUCCGUGCAGCGAAGACAUCAGAAGGUCGUAGAGCUGGCGCCCGCCAAGGACCUGCCACAGCAGACUCGCGAUAACAUUCUCAACGACGCUGUCAAGCUGGCCAAGUCUGUCAACUACCGCAAUGCUGGUACUGCGGAGUUCUUGGUUGAUCAAGAGGGCCGUUACUAUUUUAUCGAGAUCAACCCUCGCAUCCAGGUCGAGCACACGAUUACGGAAGAGAUCACGGGGAUCGACAUUGUCGCCGCUCAGAUCCAGAUCGCAGCCGGCGCGUCCCUCCAGCAGCUUGGCCUUACACAAGAUAGGAUCUCGACUAGAGGCUUUGCUUUCCAGUGCCGCAUCACCACAGAAGAUCCGAGUGAGGGAUUUAAGCCUGAUACUGGCAAGAUUGAAGUAUAUCGCUCGGCGGGUGGCAACGGAGUCCGCCUCGAUGGUGGCAAUGGUUUUGCGGGCGCCAUCAUUACUCCCCACUACGAUUCCAUGUUGGUCAAGUGCAGCUGCCAUGGCUCCACAUACGAGAUUGUGCGAAGAAAGAUGCUCCGUGCUCUCGUCGAGUUCCGCAUUCGUGGUGUCAAGACGAACAUUCCUUUCCUGGCGUCUUUGCUAACGCAUCCCACAUUUAUCGAUGGCAACUGCUGGACGACGUUCAUCGACGACACACCCGAGCUGUUCUCGCUCAUCGGUAGCCAGAAUCGAGCUCAGAAGCUACUUGCCUACCUUGGAGACCUCGCAGUCAAUGGCAGUCAGAUCAAGGGCCAGAUUGGGGACUCCAAAUUCAAGGGCGAUGUGCUCAUGCCAACACUCACCGACCCAUCGACCGGUAAAGAGCUUGACAUCUCCCAGCCAUGCAAGACAGGCUGGAGGAACGUGAUCACAGAGCAAGGCCCAGAAGCCUUUGCCAAGGCCGUGCGUAAGAACAAGGGCUGCUUGAUCAUGGACACUACAUGGCGUGACGCCCACCAGUCUCUGCUCGCUACAAGAGUACGAACAGUCGACCUCUGCAACAUUGCCAAGGAGACCAGCCACGCUCUGAGCAAUGCUUGGGCUUUGGAGUGCUGGGGUGGUGCCACUUUCGACGUGGCUAUGCGAUUCUUGUAUGAGGACCCAUGGGACCGACUCCGCAAGAUGCGCAAGCUUGUACCGAACAUCCCUUUCCAGAUGCUCCUCCGUGGCGCCAAUGGUGUGGCUUACUCGUCGCUGCCUGAUAAUGCUAUCUACCACUUCUGCGACCAAGCCAAGAAGAACGGUAUGGACAUCUUCCGCGUCUUCGAUGCGCUCAACGAUGUAGAGCAGCUCGAAGUCGGCAUUAAGGCUGUCCUCAAGGCGGGCGGCAUUUGUGAGGGCACAGUGUGCUACUCAGGCGACAUGCUGAACCCGAAGAAGAAAUACAACCUCGAGUACUACAUGGGUGUGGUCGACAAGAUCGUGGGCAUGGGAGCCCACGUGCUCGGCUUAAAAGAUAUGGCCGGCGUCCUGAAACCGAAGGCUGCAAGGCUUCUUGUUGGUACGAUCCGCGAGAAAUACCCCGAGCUGCCGAUUCAUGUGCACACUCACGACUCUGCGGGCACUGGCGUUGCUUCCAUGGUCGCUUGUGCUGAGGCUGGUGCCGAUGCUGUCGAUGCCGCCACAGAUAGUCUGUCGGGCAUGACCUCCCAGCCCAGCAUUGGAGCAAUUCUGGCUUCGCUUGAGGGGAGUGAACAUGAUCCAAACCUCGAUCAUCACAAUGUCCGCCAGCUCGACCAAUACUGGGCUCAGGUCCGACAAAUCUACUCGCCCUUCGAAGCCGGCCUCACAGGUCCAGAUCCAGAAGUCUACGAGCACGAAAUCCCUGGUGGCCAACUCACCAACCUCAUCUUUCAGGCUUCGCAGCAAGGCCUCGGCGCACAGUGGGCACAGACUAAGAAAGCUUACGAACAGGCCAAUGACCUCCUCGGCGACAUCGUCAAAGUCACACCCACCUCAAAAGUGGUCGGCGAUCUGGCCCAAUUCAUGGUCUCGAACAAUCUCACCUACCAAGAAACCAUCGACAAAGCCGACCAGCUCGACUUCCCAUCCUCCGUUCUCGAGUUUUUCGAAGGCCUUAUGGGUCAGCCCUACGGAGGCUUCCCUGAGCCCCUCCGCUCCAAAGCCCUCCGUGACCGCCGCAAGAUGGACAAGCGCCCUGGUCUCUACCUCGAUCCUCUCAACUUUGACGCCAUCCGUAAAAAGCUCAAGGAGCAGUUCGGUGGCUGCAGCGAGACAGAUGUGGCCAGUUACGCCAUGUACCCCAAGGUCUUCGAGGACUACAAGAAUUUCACGCAGAAGUAUGGCGAUUUGUCAGUUCUGCCGACGAAAUACUUCCUCAAUCGUCCCGAAGUAGGCCAGGAAUUCAGUGUUGAGCUGGAGCGCGGCAAGGUGCUUAUCUUGAAGAUGUUGGCCAUCGGCCCUCUCAGCGAGCAGACUGGUCAGAGGGAGGUGUUCUAUGAGAUGAACGGCGAGGUGAGACAGGUUACCGUGGAUGACAACAAAGCGGCCAUCGAGAACAAGAGCCGCGUGAAGGCGGAUGCUAGCGAUGGAUCUCAAGUCGGUUCGCCAAUGAGUGGUGUGGUUGUUGAGGUCCGAGUCAAGGAUGGUGGCGAGGUCAGCAAAGGUGAUCCUAUUGCUGUGCUCAGUGCUAUGAAGAUGGAAAUGGUUAUCAGUGCGCCACACUCCGGUAAGAUUGGCAGUCUCAGCGUCAAGGAGGGUGACUCUGUGGACAGCCAGGAUCUCGUGUGCAAGAUAGUCAAGUAA